UUAUAAAAUCAAUCAAACGGUUGGUUUUUUUUUUUUUUUUUUUAAGCGAAUGAUGUAGAUUUCCGAAAUAAACAUUCCACACGUAUACGCAAUACCUUCUACGCAUACAUAACGAAUUAUUUACAUGUAUGAACGAUAUCAUUAGAAUCGAUCAGAUUGACUCACAUGUGACAGCGUCGAGCGCCCUCCGAUUCCAUUUCGAACCUCAAAAUUUCCACACAUUGCCACCCGAUCAGCAUAUUUAAAUUGACGGUUCAGCGAAUACGUAUCGAACGCGACGCGUUCGAUGAGAGAAAACACUUAAAAAAGCGAUGAAGCGAACCUUGGACGCCCUUUGACGCAUCGAGUUCGAAACAUGGACGACGAGCAACAGCUAUUCCUCAUCGAAUUUCUCGUCGACAACGUCAAGAUCCCUGUGAUAAGGGCGAUGCAAGACGAGCUACUGCCUGCCUGCACUUGCGUUUCGUUUCAAAUCCUCAGCCUGCCGCCCAUCCACAUCUGCCAGGACGCGCUGACGGACGGCUGCGGUUGCAACGACGGCGACACCCAAGUCUUCAAGAAGGGCAAGUCCUGUCUGUUCGCGUUGCCGUCGAUAGUCCUUCGCAAGCCCGUGUCCACGUUCCCGAUAAAGCUCUCUGUGUACAAGAAGCUCCCGCCGGGAGUGCUUCCCGACGUGAUGACGGUCGGUUGCCAUCAGAUAGAGGCCAAAGCCUUGAUGAACGCCGUGCUGAGCCAGCAAGUCUUCAAGAUCCCGAAUCCCUGUCAAACGAUCAAGGACACGUUCAAGAUCGCCACGGCGACCGGCCAGUGCGUCGGCUCGGCGACAGUCUACGUCAGGGCGUCCGGUUUCGGCAGGAAGAUCGUCACCCAGUUCCAGAUACCCCACAACCGGAAACCGUACCUGUUCAAGGGCGCGGACGAGAGUCCCGUGUUCCAGUGCAAGAAAAUACCUUCCGCCUGCUACACGCCUGCCCCGUUGAAGUGUACCUGCGCGAAGACAUGCGCGGACGGCAGCGGGGAACCCCCGAGAAGGACCUGUUGCCCCACGCCGACUCUCCCGUGCCCUCCGCCACCUGUCAGGAUCACGCAACCCGAUUGGGGUCCGCGACCGUGCUGCCCUUCCCUUCAGGCCUCCUCUGGAGGGAAAUCUUCGAAUUGGCCAGCGUGCUCGGCACAAUCGCGUCGGAAGGACCAACCGGCAACGUCGUCCGACAACUGUCCGCCAUGUUGCACGCCCAAGCCUGGGCGACUGGUGAAAUUGGCUGGGCCAUCUGGUUCUUCUCGUCAGCAACUCGCCGCCGAUGGAAAGUGUCAUCCUUGCUGUCCUGCCGCCCAACAAAAGCAGAACGACGGUUGUACGCCGUGUUGCGGUGCUUCCUCUCCCACGACGUCGAAGGGAUACAAACCAUUCAGCGAGGUACCGAGCGAAGAGACCAAGGUGAAGAAGUGCGGAUGCCCCGCGAAGGAGUACAGUUGCAACUGCGGCGAGACGAAAAGGUAGCGGGGUAAACGUUUCCGUGAGAAAGUUAAGCGGCGAAGCACUCUUCGAGUGAAAGAUAAAAGGAACAAGUUCGAGGAAGAGACG